AUGAACGUUAUGAUAUGUAAUUAUAAAGGAAGAACUGAUGCAAAACAGCCCAAAUUCAAAGGAGGAAGGAAGCCAUCAGAUGAGAUAGGAACGUCCAAGGAGGAACCGGUAAGAGAAGAAUUGAUCCAAGAGAUCGCAAGUUCAGAACCGCAGGUUGGAAGUGUGCAGCCAGCAGAUGAAAAGGAAGAGCACAAGGAAGAACUAAUAAGUGAAGAAUUGAUUCAAGACAUGGCAAGUUCAGAACAACGGGAUGAAAGUGUACAGCUAUCAGAUGAAAAAAAGGUGUCUCAGGAAGAAGAAAUGAGACGAGAGAUGACCCAAGACAGUCCAAAGCCAGAACUACAGGAUAAAGUUGAGUGCCCACCGGACAAAAAGGAAGCGUGCAGCUUGGAGAAAUCCGCGGAGAAAAAAGCAACUGAUAACAAUACAAUUUCAAAACCGCAUAAUGAAAGUGAACAGCCACCAGACGAAAAGAAAGCAUGCUCGGAGGAAAUGGGCACAGCACGAGUGUCACCGAGUGAAGAAAACGUAGAAGAACAGAACAAGACCACUACCCGUCCUUUUCCACUGAAAAAGAUUUUUUUCGGAGUGGUUCUGAUACUAGUCUUACUGGCAGUCAUCCUAGUGUUGAUUUGGCUUAUUCUACUCCCUGGCAAAGAGGAUGACGGAAAGAAGUGUUCCCGAACCUGUCGGACCCCCAAGCUUUUAAUUCCCCAUCCUCCUCUCGUUAUCAUAUCUCUCGAUGGUUACUCAACUCAGUACUUAUCUCGAAAACUGCAGCCGACAUUUGACAGAAUGGCUGAAUGUGGUGUAACUGCGAAAGAAGUGUACUCGACCUUUCCUUCAUUCACUUUUCCAAAUCAUGUCACACUUGCCACUGGUCUUCACGCUGGACAUCACGGAAUCGUGGCCAACACAAUAUAUGAUGUCAAUGUUUCUUCAAAACCGGAAUAUCUAGGCAACGCACUUCUCGAUGGAUUAUAUACAAAAGAACCGAUUUGGUCGGUAUACCAACGUGAAACGAAAAGAAGGGCGGCUACCAACGCGUGGAUAUCAUCAUCCCACAAAAGCACAUAUUAUCUACAGCCACAUUACAGUCUACCCUACAGACGAGAAGUUACAGCAGAAGAAAAAGUUGACCAGAUACUUCAAUGGCUCAAGAUGAGUGACGAAGAACGACCUGGCCUCAUUAUGACUUACAUCAACGAACCAGAUUCCACCGGUCACAAAACCAUGGGUGAGAAGUUGAAUGAGGUGUUAGCAAAUGUGGAUAGAGCAAUUGCGAAGCUUAUUGCUAAGUUGAAGGAAGAAGAAAUCCUGGAGUGUGUAAAUAUUGUAAUUGUAUCUGAUCACGGCAUGAUCGAAAUCAAAAAUCCUGUCGUUCUCGAGAAACUAUUCAGCAUAGAGGGCAUGGUGAUUUCUUCUGGAGUGAAUACACUUAUUUUCCGUGAAAAUUCAUCGUUAACUGAUCAAGAAAUUAUGAAUGCUCUUACAUGCAACGGAAAGGACCAUGUACGCGUCUUUACUAAACCAACACUUCCACUUAGAUGGCAUUAUUCGGAGUCAAAAAGGAUCGGGGAUUUCAUAGUCGUCGGGAAUAAGGACGCGAGGAUUUACAGUCGGAAUGAGGAGCUAGAAAGAAGCAACAAGAACGCCCACGGAUUUGAUUACAUACAACCCGAGAUGACAUCAAUUAUGUUCGCUCGAGGGCCUAGUUUCAAAGAGAAUUUUGUGCUUCCCCCGUUUCAAAAUGUGGAAUAUAUGAACCUAUGGACAAAGCUCCUGCAAUUACCAGCUCAUGAGAACGAUGGAGACCCUGAUUUUAUGAACUUGGCGCUGAUCGCUGGUGGUGGAGCUUUAAGAGUCCAACAUUCUCGUUUAACGAAAUGUGGUAUGACCAAGGAUAUUGCCUCAAAAUCUUUGGAAACUAUUUGUGGAAAAUGCACAAUCGAAGACAAGGAAGCAUUUGCAAGGUGGGCUGGAUGCCCUAUUGGUGGAGCAUCCGCUAUCGUGAAUAUAACAACUGAUGCACGAGAUUUUUGCUAUAUGGUAGGCUGUAACGAUCUGGCGGUGAUAGGUGCUUCAAAAGGAGAUGUUUACCUUGGGACCCUAAUUGAAGUGUAUGAUGCAAAAUCUGAUGAACAGUUGGUUUCAAACGAAUGCACUUUCCAUCUGUGGAAUCGAACUAAUCAAUGUAAACGAGCACCAGUCAACGAAGAAGUCGAAUAUCGAACAAUGUCUGCAUUUGACGGACGAGUGCUCGCGAAUGACUACAGCCUUAUUGUUCCAUGGAGAAACAAAUUUGUAAAAGGAAUUCUCGAUCCUCUGAACAAGUAUACUAGGAAGAUCGUGGAGAAGCUUGGACGAGUGCUAUCAAUAACUGGAACUGCCUACGACGAAGAUUAUGACGGCAAAUAUUCAAUGUCCUCACAUAAUUCGCCCUAUCCGACGCACCUGUAUCGCAUCCUUAUUGCAUGUGAUGGAGACUGGUCCACUAAUGGACUUAACUGCAGUAGACCUGAGCAAACGAAAUCCCUCUCUUUCGUCUUUCCUCAUAUGAACGGUGAUCCAAACUGCCUGGCUGAAAACGAACUUCUCCUGCUAUACACUGCGACAAUAAGGGAUGUGGAAGCCCUUAGUGGACUGUAUUUUAACUUUACUAACAUUCCAAACAAACAGCAAAUGCUUCUAAAGAUGCACACUAAUACUCGUUUAUGGUAA